AUGGCUUAUGAUUUAAGAUUUGUUGUGGUAAUACUAAGAUCUGACAUAGCUACUGGUGUACGGGGAAGAAAAACGUUCGUCAUACUUAGAUGUGAAAGAGGGGGAAAAUAUCGAAAAUACAAAGUAGAUGUGGUGCCUAAUGUAUACGACACUCGUAAAUGUGAGUGUCCGUUUAGAUUAAAGGGUAAAUCAUGUUCAGAUGGGGACAAAUGGGUGUUGAAGGUGAUGUGUGGACAUCACAACCAUAAGUUGGCUGAAACUUUACUUGGUCACCCUUAUGCUGGUAGGUUAAAUAUGAGUGAGCAGUCAUUACUGGUUGAUAUGACAAAGAUUAAAUGCUCGUGUAUGGUCUUAUCGUAA